AUGGUCAGGGCGAGGAUUACCCGCGCCUGUAUCACCACUGACCAUGGGGAGGACGACGGCUCGGGGGACGGGACCCCCCAGCUGAUUAAGAUCUGCUUUCACUGCGACAGCUACCUCUGCCACUGCCAUGCGCAGACACCUACCCUAGACAGGAAGUUCAAGAGGAAGGCCCCUGAGUCCGUUGGGUCGUUGCGGCUUCGGUUUGCCCUCCCAUCGCCGCCGCUGCCCGCCGUCUUCGAGGGCUCUUCUGUCAUCCGCUUUGAAAAUUUUUACAAGGACGGCAGCUGGUUGAGUGUCGUCCUCCCCAAGUACAUGCUUCUACCCGUGGAGGACCUCCAUGGGCCUGUGCGCUCCGGAGGACGGUGGACUCUCCCUCUGUUCGAUACUCCGCCGCCUACCUCGAGCAACGAGAGAGUCUGCAACGCCAUUGACCGCAACAAGGAUGGUAUUGAUUAUACUGGUUUCCAUGGGUCUCGCCAGGAUUUAGAUCUGAAGCUCUAA